CUGCGUUUGUUGAUAAUGAAGGAGUGCAAACCACGACAGACACCUCGGUGGCUCCACUGAUGAGAUGUGACAUUGAUUGGGGUGAAGGUCUGGGGAGGAGAGAGAGAGAGAGGGGGGGGGGGGGAGAGGGAAAGAAAGAGAGAGAGAAGGGAGAGAGACUGUGGAUGUGGAUGGGAGGAGCAUCAUAGUCUGGAUGCGGAGCUGCUGGUCGCAGCCGGAAAGAAACAACAUCAGGAGCAGCGGAGGAGACAGGCAUGUAGAGAGAGCGUCCUGUAGAGAUUAUAGACCGCUGUGGAUCUGAACACACGGAGCAGUUGCGUGUAGAUAUGAUGUAGUGUCACAGAGCGGACAGAGGCGGUGAAGAGCUCGCAAAACUGUGCGCAACCCCGAGUGGACAGACCGAACCGCUAUCUCACUGUAAGGCCACUGCCUGGUGACUGGCACUUUCUCUGCGGUGCAUCUCGUCAUCACAACCCGAUGCCCUCCGCCGGACCGGACCAGGUCACUUUGAUGCCGCCUAAGCCGACCAGAGCCUGAGCCGCAGGAUGCAGGUUAAAAACCAGAUCUGCACCGAGCGGAGCAGCACCGACGACCCGGAGCAGGAGGACAACCAGAAGAAGACCUCUUGCUUUUCUAACAUCAAGAUUUUCCUGGUGUCGGAAUGCGCGCUGAUGCUGGCACAGGGCACCGUGGGCGCCUAUCUGGUCAGUGUUCUAACCACUCUGGAAAGACGCUUCAACCUGCAGAGUGCUGAUGUGGGCGUCAUUGCCAGCAGCUUUGAAAUUGGCAACCUGGCUCUCAUCUUGUUUGUCAGCUACUUUGGUGCCAAGGCCCACAGACCCCGACUGAUCGGCUGUGGUGGCAUUGUCAUGGCACUAGGGGCGUUGCUAUCAGCCCUGCCAGAGUUUCUGACCCACCAGUACGAGUACGAGGCCAGCGACUCAUGGCACGCCGAGGACGGCAGGGACAUCUGCUCCAACAACUCCCGAUCAGAAAACCAAGACUCUGGUUUUAAAUGUAGCGACAGAGCAAACACUAACAUGAUGUACCUUUUGUUGAUCGGAGCCCAGGUCCUGUUGGGCAUCGGCGCCACACCUGUGCAGCCUCUGGGAGUGUCUUACAUCGAUGACCAUGUCCACAGGAAGGACUCCUCACUUUACAUAGGUAUUUUAUUUUCAACUCUCGUGUUCGGACCGGCCUGUGGCUUCAUCUUAGGUUCUGUCUGUACCAAAGUCUAUGUUGAUGCAGUCUUCAUCGACACCAGUAAACUGGACAUCACCCCAGAUGACCCUCGCUGGAUCGGGGCGUGGUGGGCCGGCUUCCUGCUCUGUGGUGCCUUACUCUUCCUGUCUGCCCUCUUCAUGUUCGGCUUCCCCCAGGCGCUGGAUGAGCAGGACAUGAACAGUGGAGGGGAGAGUGAGCAGGCGAUGCUGCCUCCUUCCAUAUCCAUGGACUUCCAAGGCUCCAAACCCAAUGGGACCUUUUUUGAUUUUAACAGCGGACUUUCAGUCUGUGACCAUCUGAGAGUAAUCCCACGGGUUACCAGACAUCUACUGUCUAAUCCAGUGUUCACGUGCAUCACACUGGCGGCCUGCAUGGAGAUAGCGGUGGUAGCCGGCUUUGCUGCCUUCCUGGGGAAGUACCUGGAGCAACAGUUUAACCUUACCACCUCAUCAGCCAACCAGCUGCUGGGUAUGACGGCGAUCCCCUGUGCCUGUCUGGGAAUCUUCCUGGGGGGGCUGCUGGUUAAGAAGCUGAACCUCUCAGCUCUGGGUGCUGUGCGUAUGGCCAUGCUGGUCAACCUGGUGUCCACUGCCUGCUACGUAUCAUUUCUCUUCUUGGGCUGUGACACAGGACCUGUGGCUGGAGUGACCGUGGCUUACGGCAAUGAGACACUACAGACCUCCCAGAGACCCGAGCCGCCCUGUAUCAGUACAUGUAACUGCUACACAGCGUCUGUGAGUCCUGUCUGUGGGUCCAACGGUGUCACCUACCUCUCAGCCUGCUUCGCUGGCUGCACCAAACCAAACCUGACCAGCUGUUUGUGUAUAUCCGCUAACACUGAGGAUGCAGUGGCAUUACCAGGAAAGUGCCCCAGUCCAGGCUGUCAGCAGGCCUUUCUCACCUUCCUGUGUGUGAUCUGUGUGUGCAGCAUGAUUGGAGCUAUGGCCCAGACUCCAUCUGUCAUCAUUCUGAUUAGGUAAUGUAUAAUUUCUGCUAUUGCUUGUAGACUCCACAAGAGGGAGAUGUUGACACGUGAAAUGAUGUACAGAGAUUUACCUUAGAGACCAGAAGACUUUUUCAUUUAAGCAUUUGUUAGUGAGCUGUUAAGCAUCAGACUGGCUUAACCAUCAUCAAAUUUAAUAUAAAAGCUAGUUUUGCAGUGUAGGCAGAAAUUAAGUAAAUAGGGUCUGCGAUUAGACUUUUUAAUCAAAAAUUUUCACUGUCUAACCACAUGACACAAAAUUUGUGAAAAAAUUUUCCCAAAAUGUUCUAAUUUGAUGAGAUCCAUGCAGAAAAGACAAAAUUUAGAAUUUAUUUUCAAUGGUUUUCAUCAAACUUUUUCCCUGUCUGACCACAACAUGCGAAAUUGAAUUUUUUUUAAAAAAAAAUCCAGGAAAAAAAAUGUUCCUAAAGAUUUCUCAAAAUACUCUAAUUUGAUAAGAAACAUGCAGAUUUUUUUUUAAAUGUUCAUCAAAAUCUUUCACUG